AUGUUACAGAAAUGGUCUCCCAAAGAGGAUAUAAUCCUCAUUGGGGCAUGGCUUAACACCAGUAAAGACCCGAUCGUGAGCAAUGAGCAGAAAGGUGGAGCAUUUUGGAAGCGGAUUGUGGAGUACUACAACGCAAGCCCUCUCUUGGUUGGAACAAUACCGAGAGAGCUUGGUCCUUGCAAGCAGAGGUGGUCUCGGAUUAACGACCACGUUUCAAAGUUUUGUGGUUGCUAUGAUCGAGCUCUUCGGCAGCAAAGAAGUGGUCAGAAUGAUGACCAUGUGAUGAAGGCUGCUUUAGAUUCAUUCUUCACUAUUAUGAACUUAAAGUUCACCAUGGAUCACUGCUGGAAGGAGCUGAGGUAUGACCAGAAAUGGUGCUCCCUGGUUCAGGGUAAGGACACUGUUAAGGAGAAGCGCAAAGUGGUGGACAUUGAUGGCGAAGAAGCAGCUGUGGGAGAACCAGAGGCUAGACCUCCCGGGGUGAAGGCUGCGAAAGCUGCUCUUAAGAAGAAGAUGAAUGGCAGAGAGCAGGAGUUGUCAAACUUACAUGGCGCUCUAGAAAUCAAAGAAAAACUCUCAAGGCAAAAGCUCCUUGAUCGUUUAUUUGCGUAA